AUGCGAGGCAAUGGACUUGGCUUAUCGUGGAACAAGGGCAUUGAGAUGGGUCGGUCUUCCAACGAUACUUGGACCAUGCUGUUUAACUACAAGUCUACACCAAAGGGUUUUCAAUGCGAACCUUGUUAUGGCGACGCUGUGCUGCCCAAUAAGUUCCUGCAGUUUCGUAUCCUUGUAGAUGACCAUAAUGACAUGAUGGGUGCCAAUUUUGCCCUCAAGUUACCUGUCUCAGCAGCUUCAGCGUAUUUUAAGACAAGACCUGAGUUUGUGUUUCAUCCUUGGUUUUACACUAACUCCGGCAGUCUAAAAAAUUUGACUGUGGCUUCACAAUAUAUAGGUGGUCGAAGAGAUGUUGCCGUGUGGCGUCCGCCAAGCUUUUUGGAGAAUCCUUUCAAAUCAUAUCCUGUUGUCAUUGUCUUUGACGUUGGCCCUAAUGAAGCUGGAUCAUUUAAAUAUAUAUUUGAUGAAUUGGUGUAUCCAACGCAAGUAUCCCAAGAAGCCAUUGUAGUUGCCUUUGGUGACUACAAGAUUCAAAACAGGGAAACCUUAAUGACACCAACGAGGGCACUUGACCUUGAGUGUAUUAAUGGCACAUUCGAAGACAUGUGUGGAUUUUGCUUGUCGGACAUUCGUACUUUAAAUGGAACUCAAUUUCAACAACCAAUGAUCAAUAAGUGUGGUAAAAGAGCCCUAGUCGGUGGCCUAGGUGAACAGACGCUCGACUUUCUUAUUAACGAAGCUAUGCCAGAAGCCAACAGGUCGUCUUCUGGAAGAAUCAAGCCCGGUAGAUAUGGCAUCCUCGGCUACUCCCUUGGCGGUCUCAUGUCAUGUCAUGCAGUUUGGACACGACCUGCGGUAUUCUCCUUCGCUGCAUGCAUGUCGCCUUGGUUUUGGUGGCAAAAUGAGCAAUGA